GGCACCGGGAGACGUCUAGUUUCCAUCUCCCGGUGGUUGAGCUCACCAUCACAUUGGACGACGUCUCCUCUCUUCUCUAUCUUCCCGUUAUAGGUGACUUUCAAUUUGAGCCCUUGCACGUGGAUGAUGCGGUUCAGAUGCUGAUGGACUUGCUGAUGGUGUCUCCAGAGUCUGCUAGGGCUGAGACAGUCCAGUGUCGCGGAUCGUACGUACGCCUGCAAUGGGUACGUGAUAUAUAUCAACGCCAAUGCCAGGCAGGUCAUUGGACAGCUGCGGCUCGUGCAUAUCUUCUUCACCUACUAGGUUGCACUCUGUUUGCUAACAAGAGUGCAACCAAUGUCCAUGUUGUCUACUUGGAGGCCAUUCGGGACCUCAGUAUGACAGAUAGGUACGCUUGGGGAGUGGCUGCUUUGGUUCAUAUGUACGACCAGCUGAACAAUGCAUCCAUGAGCCACAGUCGACAGCUUGGCGGUUACAUCACACUGCUGCAGUGCUGGAUUUACGAGCACUUUCCCUCAGUUGCGGAGUCCACCGCUGAUCAGGACUACGACGAGGCUUCUCCGCGUGCGUGCAGGUGGAUUGCGACGAAGAAGACCGUGAAGAGCAUACGCACGCCGUCGUAUAGGGAGCGCCUGGACCGACUCCAGAUUCUGGAUGUCUGUUGGAUCCCGUAUGGGGAGCAUCGGGAGGUCCGGGACUUCCAUGUCAGAUCAUGCUACUUCGGUCUCUUGCGCUGGGGGCCUGUUGCUGUGUAUUACCGAUCGGAGAGGGUCGUGCGACAGUUUGGUUACAUGCAAACCAUUCCUGCUCCUCCUGUCGAUUCAUGGAUCUCGUAUGAUGAUAUACACGACAGGUGGAUGCACUACGAGGAUCAUAUCGUACCUGCAGGUGAGGUGUGCGUGGUGCCAGGGGCGUGUUCCCGUGACUACAUCGACUGGUUCUUCCGCAUCUCCCAUCAUUUCAUGACACCAGGCCACGUAGUAGAUCCUCUGCCUCGUGGUCACGCCCCGCAGCCCCGAGUCGUUCCUCAGGCCCCGCAGACAGAUAUCCCUCGCGUGCUGGAGCCAGGAGCAUCAUCGACAUCUACGGAGGAGCUCAGACAUGCAGUGGUAAGUAAUACUAAUAAUUUACGUCAUUUACCUCAAUAUUUGCAUAAUAAUUUGUGUAAUUAGUUUGUUUUGUAUGUAACAAGAAGUUUGUGAUGACAUGUGAUGACAUUGCUGAGCGAUUGGAGCGCCAUAUGAAUCUAGGGGUGGUCACGCCUGGCUCAUCGACACAUAAAGUGAUCGAAGAAUGCCUCAGAUUGGCCAGGAGUGUCACACAGGACCAUCUAGUAUACGUUAGGUGUAGACGCAGGCGGCGCACUGAUCAGGUUU